UGCGUACUCUUCCGUUCAAGCAGCUUGUGACAUUUUUUUCUGUUACUACAAGAUGUUUACUUGGAUGAGCCGUGCGAAUUUCGACGAGGAUCCCGAUAAUUCCGCGUGCAAAGCCGCCAUGAAACUGCUAAGGAGACAACAGUAACUGAAAGGGAUUAAUUCAGCCGGUUUACGAUCCUUCGUCUGUGGUGAUACGGCUGAUAGUGACAAGAACAAUUUGUGAUCCACCGUGAUGAAAAGUGGUAUACCGUCGGUGAUUAUAGUGCCUCGGUUUUCCCCACUGUGGAAUGACCGCCGAUUGCCGAGCGGCACGCCAUCCUGCUGUAGCUGACUGAGGUCUUUACUGUAAAGAGAUUAAAACCUAUGUGAAUUCAGACACGGAGACGAUACCAGUGUUUUCGUUAACAGCGAAACCCGCUUUUCAGCGAAACUAAUAAUUUUAUUUUCAAUGAAAAGUAAUGUUACCAUGGGAAAUUUAUAAUACGCCUGUGGGAAUAAGCGCUCGAUCGUCAGAAAACGAUUGAUAUGUUUUUCAAAUCAUUUAUAUGUGAAUUAUCGAUAAUAAUUCCCAUAUAAUUACAAGUUUUCAUUUAUAAAUGCUUUUGAUUACAUUCUGAUGAAUGGAAAACACCCAAAUCUUUGCAUAAUCAUUCAAAUUUUAAUGGAUUUAAGUGAUCAUAGUUACAUGAUAUUAUCAUAAAAAAUAACAUUUCCUUACUAAAAACUAUGCACUUAUAGUAUUGAUAUCUAUAAAAGUUGAUUCAAAUGUAAUUGAUUACUGAUCAACAGCCUAUGGGCUGAAAGUCUAUAUGUUGUGCCAGUUUGGAGCAUUUGAGGGAUUUGUUUUGUUCAUAAAGAUGCAUUAAUUUCAAGAAAACUAGAGAGAAGAAUUAUCAGUGGAAAUGUAGAAGAUUUUAUUUCAAAAAGUAUGCAAGAAUUGAAGAUGUAAUCAAGGACUACAUAGCAACACAGGUCUAGUAGAGGUGCCAUGGAUGAUGAAGAGCGUCUUGAGGGUGAGGAAGAAAUGGAAUUAGACGAAGCCUCUGAUGGUGAAGAUGAAGAUGAAGAAACAACAGGGAUUCCUGUUUCUCCAGCCAAUUCGGAUCAAUUGCUUGGCCAUUCGUCGACAACUCCUGGUAACAUAACCCCGGAUGAAGCUUUUCAUGAUCCUUUACGGUACCAGAAAUUUCCACUUCCUGGAGGUAAACCUUUGAAUAUUCGGCGUGGUCCAGGUAGACCUAGGAAAGAACGUCCACCUGGAAUUACGCGCGGAGGAGGUACUCGUAGACCUUUUGGAAGAGGAACUACUAGGGGUAAAGGUCUUGGAUACGCAAGAGGUGUACCGCGACGUACUAAAAGCAAAGAUGACGAUACGCACUCAGAAUCCCCAAGUCCUCUUCGUCUCGGUGAAGAUGCUACUCCUGACGGAGAGACAUCUAACAGCGAGAGAUGCAUGCCAGCACCAGAAGAACCGCCAUACUUUCCAGAACAAUGGCCUGGCAAAGUAUGCGCUUUCUGUAAUUUGGGUGAACGAAGUCAGCUAGGGCAGGGUGAAUUAUUAAGAUUUACCUGUCCCGAAGGUUUCACCCCUGAAAAGUCUACCAAUCGUGACGAUACAACUGACCAUCUUGUUGAUAUAACCACCGGGGACAAAAGUCCGCGCACAGUGGGUCCUGGUGCUGUCACUUGCCGUAGACAGAAGAGUCUAGCUAAGUGCAGUUCAAUUUCUAUUCUUCGUAGAAAUACUAGUCUAACAAAUUUUACGGAACCAGUGGAGGAAUUAACCAUAGUGGGAUAUUCGGAGGAACCGGAAAUCGGAACAUUAUUUGAAUCAAUCGGUCACUAUUAUGUUCAUCAGUCUUGUGCAGUAUGGUCAAACGGUACCCAAGAAUUAACAACAGAAGCGCUGAGUCCAACAAUAGUACAGGCUUCUUCGAGACGUUGCGCUUAUUGUUCUCAUUAUGGAGCCGGAAUUCCUUGCAAAGUGGCAUCGUGCAAUCGUUAUUUUCAUUUACCAUGCGCUGCAGCCUCGAGUUGUUUCCAGGAUACGAAAACCUUGUCUCUUUUUUGCAGUCAGCACCUGGGACAAGUUCCACUUUUGUUGAAUGGUGAUGUUACUUGUAUACAGUGCUGUGGGAUGGGAGAUGUUUCCAACCUAGUAAUGUGUUCCAUCUGUGGCCAACAUUACCAUGGUAGUUGUGUCGGUUUGGCACUUCUGCCUGGCGUAAGGGCCGGCUGGCAAUGUGUAUCUUGCAGAGUAUGUCAAGUGUGCCGUCAACCGGAGGAUGUAUCGAAAGUAAUGUUGUGUGAACGUUGUGAGAAAGCGUAUCAUCCUAGUUGUUUACGACCAAUUGUUACAUCUAUACCUAAAUACGGUUGGAAGUGUAAGUGCUGCCGUGUAUGUACAGACUGUGGUUCCCGUACACCAGGCGCUGGUCUUUCAUCACGGUGGCAUUCCCAUUACACUGUAUGUGAUUCGUGUUACCAACAAAGGAACAAAGGUUUUUCGUGUCCCCUUUGUAGAAAGGCGUAUCGGGCUGCCGCGUAUAGAGAAAUGGUUCAAUGUAGUGCAUGUAAAAAGUUUGUUCAUGGUACCUGUGACCCCGAGGCUGAUCCAUUAACUUACCAACACCGUAAAGAAGCUAAACCUGACUAUGAAUAUAUUUGUUUACACUGCAAAAAUAUGGCACUUGUAAAAAGGAAAGAUAAUAUCGACGAUUACGGUGGUGAUUUGAGUUUAAGCGCGUCACAAGAAAGUCUGUAUGGUGAUGGAGAUUCGUCUGAGUUCGAUUAUCAAGGGGGAUCAGAGGAAACGCUGUAUUCUAUAGGUCUUGGAAAGGGUAAACCAUUCUGUGCGUCUAAAAUAGCAAAGAAACGAUUAGGUCUCGGCGGUGGUAUCAUCGGGCGACCGAAAGGAAUUGGCAAGGUUGGAUAUCAAAAACGGCAAAAGAUGACAGAAUUUGGAAGGAAACGUGGUCCCAAGGCAAAAAUGAGAGGUAUCUUUGGAGUACCAGGAGUAGGACUACAGAGGCCAAUGUCGGACUCGUUCUCGAAAGAGGAUGAACCAGGCAUCGAGAAUAGACUUGUGUUAUGUUCAGCAAAAGAUAAAUUUGUAUUGACUCAAGAUAUUUGUGUGAUGUGCGGUGCAAUUGGCACUGACCAAGAGGGGUGUUUAAUUGCUUGUGCGCAAUGUGGUCAAUGUUAUCAUCCUUAUUGCGCUAAUGUCAAAGUUACUAAAGUAAUAUUACAGAAGGGUUGGCGGUGCCUUGAUUGUACAGUGUGCGAGGGUUGCGGCGAAAGGAACGACGAGGGUCGUUUGAUUUUAUGCGAUGAUUGUGAUAUCAGUUAUCAUAUUUACUGUAUGGAUCCACCGCUCGAUUACGUGCCUCACGGUACGUGGAAGUGCAAAUGGUGUGCGCACUGUCAAACUUGUGGUUCGAACGAUCCAGGAUUCAAUAGUAGUUGGCAAAAGAAUUACACUCAGUGUGGUCCAUGCGCGUCGCACACUGCCUGCAUAUCGUGUCAAGAAACAUACAACGAGGGAGACCUGAUAAUACAAUGCAUACAAUGUGAAAGGUGGUUGCAUUGCGCGUGUGACUCGAUCAAAAGUGAGGCCGAGGCUGAAAAGUGUGCGGAAGAAGGUUAUAUUUGUAUACUUUGUCGUCCAAGAGAUGUCCCACCGCCGCAUCUUUUAUCAAGUCAAUCUAAACCACAGCCAAAUAAAUAUCCCCGUUCUCCACCGCCAACGUCGCGCAGCCCCGAUUUGUACAAACCUUCCCCACAACAAUAUUUGGUUGACGGUGUUUAUUUGUCCGAAGCUGGUAUGAAUCACAUCAAAUCGUUAACGUCCGAACACCAACAAACGAGAAAAAAGAGAAGAAAAAUGCAUCAUCUGAUAGAUAAGGAAGCGGAUAUAAUGGCUACGAUAGAGUCUGUAGUUGCCGGUGGAAGUUUAGAUAAUUCUUUAGAAGAAAAUGGAGGGAAAAUAGAUUUAUCGGAUGUUAAAGAUGAACCUACAGAGGUACUGAAAGAAGGCAUGGUAUGGACACCACGUGGCGACCAACCACCACCCGAAGGUUUUAGUAUUUAUACUACCGAAAAUGGUGUACCAAUUUUAAGACGUAAACGUCAGCGUAACUUACAAAAGCUCGGCAUCGGAGGUUUUAUCGUUAGGAUAAGAGGUACUCGUAAAGAUAAAGAAGAAGACGGAGAUCCUGAAAAACCAUCUGAUUCGACGGUCGGUGUUAACGAUGAUAAACCGCGCAGGAAACCGCAGAGAAGGAAACCAAAGACAAAACUUUCUGAAUGUUUUCCAACCUACAUGCAAGAGGCAUUCUUUGGGAAAGAUCUUAUGGAUACCACCAAAGAUAAAGAACUGGAAAGUAGUAGCGAAUCGGAUAGCGAACGAAAUAUAUCUGGAAAUGCGGACACCAUUCAGCUGUCUCAGGAUGAAUUGAAAGCGAUGGAACAAGUUAAAGCUAAACAAGAAAAAGAAGAAGAUAAAGUACCUUCGGAAACACCGAUCAAGCGGGAAGAAAUGAUGGAUGAUGAUGGUAGCGACACGGAAGCUCUUGGUGAUAUAUUACCUAUUUCAAGCGAUUUACUUGACAGUGAUCUUGUUAAUACUAUCAUGAACGAACAAGAUGAAGAUUUAGCAAAAGCUAGCGAAGCUUUGGAUGAACUGGACGACACCCCAGGCACGUCUAAAGACGAGCUGACGGACAUUCUUAGUCCACAUUUCAAUUUAGAAUCAAUGGUCAGAGAUACAGGUUUAACUAAUAUGGACAGUAAAGAUAUUGAAGAGAUAUUCAAAGGAGUUUUAACUGAUGAAUCUCAGGAAUCUCAAGAAUCAUCAGUUUUUCCGGUUCAAACUCAACCUCCACAUCCGUCAUCUACUACGACGCCUCUUGUGUCUCCUUCACCGCAUCCUGGUAUACAAACAACGAUGCCUAUACCAAGGCCUCAAGUACCAGGUUCACUACCCUCUGUUGGUCAAUCGACUUUAAAUUCUCCAAUGAGUUUUCCACCACCAUCUCCGUACCAUUCAGAAUAUAGCAAUAGUCCCCAAUUUAGCCCUGCUAUCUCUGAACCACGAAGUCCGUGGGUUAACCCUGAUGACGAGGGUACCACGCAAACAGGCAGUACUACAAUUUCAUACAACCAAAGAAGUAAUCUUAAAAUGGAAGCUGAUGAAGCUUUAGGUUCAGGAGCAACUAUAUCUUCCGUACUGUAUGCUAAUCUUAACCAUCCAGAAUGGAAGACAGAAUAUCCAGCUUGGUCAGAAAGAUGCAAACAAAUAUUAAAGAAGUGGCGUGCGCUUCCAAAUGAUAAAAAAGCUCCAUACCUAACGUUGGCGCGGGAUAACAGGGCUGCAAUUCGUAUGAAAAAGACCCAACAGAUAUCCAAGGAUAUACCAAGCACGACCCCAGUCACUGCAACAAGUGCACCUACCAUCAUCACCAAACCUGUCACAACUAUGACAUCAGCUCAAGUUUCUCCAGUAGUAGCUAUGGCCUCCAACCAAAGGCAGAUCGGACUUUUGGCCUCGGUGGGCAGUGAUAAAACACAGGAUAAGAAUGGAAUGACUGUGUCCGGAACAGGAGUGACAGUGUCAACAGCUAGCAGUAAUCAUCAUGCGGAGGAACAAGAAAGACUUUCCAAUAGAGAUCGUUCUAGCCGAGAAGCUGAACAAGAACGUCAAUGGAAACAAUUACAAGCAUUGCGCCAGCAACAAGCACAGAUGCAACAACAAGUUAUUCACGAACAGCGUGUACAUGCUAUCGCUAGAGUUCAUAGACAAAUAAGCGAAGACAAUACAACUCAAAUAAGUAAUGACAAUACCACAGGAUUAACCACACAAUUGCAAGUGUCUACGUCACAGGAUGGAACUCACAUGGGACCACUAGCCUCGCCAUCUCCUGGGUCACGAAAUACAUUUGCGACACCACCUGUGAAAGUUACACGAGGAUUAGCACCGCAAAGCCCUCAUCAAGUUAUACCACGUUUACCCAGUCAACCGUGUGCGACCAUGACUCGUCCAGUUGGGACAGUGGUUAGGCCUGGGAUGCCAAAUAAUUUCACUCAACCACCGUCUCCGUUUUCUCCUCAAGCUCCGCAAUCCCCUCACGAUUUCCCACAGUCGCCAGCCUCGUCGCAAUCUCAGGACCAUUUUCAACGUUUUGACAAUACCGAUGCUUACUCUCAAGGUUCCCAAACGCCCAGAUCACAGAUAUCUGGUACACCCUCGUAUUCCACGUCUCCCAGAAGCGACGUGUUUCCUCAACCACCAGGUACACCAAGGCCUAUGUUUAAUGCUCCUACUACUCGUCCUUCUACCCAUGUAUAUGCACCGUCUCGUACACCUGAUCCAUACAGUAGCCAGCCUCCUACUCCCUCGCCCGCUCCAAAUUACUCCUCGCCGAGGCCGGAAUCUCGACAAGAUUCGCAGCAGCCUGAAGUGUUCAAUCAACAACCAGAAGUGAAUAGACAAUUACGUGAUCUUUUGCAAAGACAACAAUUUAGUAAAAAGAUGGAACCUGCCAGCACUACGUGGAGCCAAGAUGGUCAGAACAAUACUGAAAAUAACCAACAGCAAUUCGACACAGCACAUGUACAACUUCCGCAACAUUCUCAAGCGACAAGCAACACAGGUGAAGGCACUUUCAGGCAUCCUCUUCCUCCUGGUAUUGUCAGACCCAGGAUGCCUAUGCAGCCAAAUGUUCUGAUAAGAAAUCAAAUUGGAAUAACUUCGAGGCAUCCUGUGGCAGGGAACGUGGAUGCCAGGGUUCAGAAUAUGGAUCCACGAACGAGGAUGCUUUUGCAAAGACCGCAGGUGGCUGCGAGCAUACCUCAACAACAUUUUCAAGGGAAUCAAACUAUACAGACGCGAAUGCCAACUGUAAGAAAUUCUAUUACAGAACCUUAUGAUGUUUUACAACAACAAAGGUUUCCAGAUACCAGUCAAGGUCCAAAUAUGGGUCAACGCAUUGUACGAGCACCUCAGGAUAAUUUAAAUCAAGGAAUUAGGAUGUUAAGUUCGCAAGCGGUUGGGACAAGAGCACCUCUUAUACCAACGACGGUUAGCGAAGCUACUGUGAGUCCAUCUGAACCAUCAGAGAUUCCGGACAAUGUGACUGCAGAACUUGAGAAAUUGGAACAAGAAGGAGCGCCGAUGGUCGAGGUCGAAGGAGAGGGCGUGAGUGCAAUAUUAGGUGAAUUAGGUGACGACGAUGACGAACUCCUAGCUGAAAUGGGAGCAGAUUUUAAUAUUUUGGAAUACGCGGAUCCUGAAUUAGACAACAUAACCGGUGGCGAGAAAACAAAUAUACUUGAUUUAGAUUUAGAGCAAGUCGAGGUGGAGACGAAGGAGGAGAAACAGAAGAAAGAAGUUAAGGAGGAGGAGCGAAAAUCGAAUGAAUUAAGCGGAACUAGCGCGGUGCAUACAGAUAUGAGUGACACGUGUACGACAACCACUGUACAAACACCUACAGAAACGUCCAAUGCUCCGACGCAAGCACAAACAGUAGCUCCCAUUACCGCGACUCAAACACCGCAGCAACCAUCUACGAUUAUGCCUCAGUCGCAUGCUCAAGCUGUUGUUGUGCAGCAACAAAUGCAUCAGCACGUGCAACAAGCAGCGGCAAUGGGAAGGCCUAUGCCUCCAGGAACUCGGUUGCUUUCGCCUGAUGGAGCAGUUGGAGUUGUUACGUCGACUAACACUGUCACGGUCAGUUAUCCGUCCACAUUCCCAGGACACCCUCAAAGAAUACCACAAACGCAUAUCCAAGUAACUCCACAGCAACGUCUUAGUAUGAGAGUAACGGGUGUACCAAACGUGGCUGGUAGGGUGGUUGCAGUGAAUCACAUGAUCGGUCCACGUAUGCCACUGGCGCCACCACCCCCGCCACCUCCACCUCCGUAUCCUGGACCACCGCCGCCUUAUCCCGGACCUAUACAGAUGGGGCUGUGCCCAGGUGGGCGGGGUAUGACGCGGCCCCCAGUCCAUAUAGGGCACCCAGUACCCGUGGCGGGUCCACCAAUGGCCCCUGUGGUACAUACUGGUACGCCCGCAAUGACACCUCACCCUCACCGAAGACCCUUGCUUCUGCAGUCGUGUUCACAGGAACAACCAUUAUUGUUGGAGGAAUUGUUGGAACAAGAAAAACGUGAACAAGAAAAGCAACAGCAACAACAGCAGCAGCAGCAGCAACAACAACAGCAGCAGCAGCAAAGCGACAGUACGACUUCUGGAGGAUCUCUAUUAAGUGACAGUGAGUUUGAAAGAUUUAAAGCAGAUAUUUUGGGAUCUGCACCUCUUGCUUCUCCUCCACAAGGAAUUACAUCAGUACCUGGAGGAGUUCCUGUAAUUAGGCCACCUUGUACACCAACACCGCCAUCCGCUCCAGGUAACAGUUGGCAGCAGGCAGUUCCGGAUGCGACAAAACUAGCAACCCAAGUGCCCAGGCAACCUAUUGCUACCCAGACUCCACCUGAACCAAGGGUUGCUACGUUUAACAUCUCUCAAAUUCCCGCUCCGCCAACGCCACCGGAGAACAUUGUAAACGAACAGGAUCGUCAAGUACAACUGCAGUACGAGCAGUGGCUAAAUCACCAGCACCAAGUGUUGACACAACAGUUGAAGUAUUACGAAACUGAGGUACAAAAGCUGCGUAAAAUACGAAAAUCUCUGAAUAGCAAGCAACGUCAGCUAAGAAAAUCUGGGAACGAACUUACGGAGAACGACGCAGCGGAACUGCAACGUAUCUCGAGCGAGCAAGCGAUAUUGCAGAAACAUCUGGACGCUAGUCGCAAGCAAACUCGUCAGCACGGCAUGUUGAUACAAGACUAUCAUAGUAAACAGCAACAGAGACAACCUCAGCAACAAAAUAGCGAACCGUGUUCACCGUUGAUGUCGCCAUCUCAACAAUCACCGAUGCACAGUCCUGCCGCGCUCGUUUCUCAAAGCCCAGGACCUGGAAAUGUUCCUGCAAGCAUGAUACAACAUUCACCGGCUACCCCUAUCAUCCAGCAUAGCCCGAAUCCACCGUUACUACAACAUAGUCCUGGAAAUCCUCAGUCAGGAAAUCCAGGAACAAUGUCGCCUCACAAUAUGCAACAGUCUCCUAGGAUUGGAACUCCGCAUUCGCAGAACGAGGAAAGUCCUUUCAGUCCUGGUGCUAUGCCAUCGCCUGGGAUGUGUGUCCCUUCAGGGAAUCGAAUGACGUCUCCGCAACAUCGUGCAAUCAUCAGUGGAAGACUUGCGACCAGCCCCGGCGCCUUCACUCCGGAUACUCGAAACGCUCAGCAAAUCAUCGGAGAUCAAACUGUUCGAGUUCACGGUCUGACUCAACGUUUCGUCCGUCCACCGGCUGUGGGAGAGCCUGGACAAAGGCCCCGGUUGCAACUGCAAGGAGGAAUUGUAUAUGGACAGCGUUCGCCCCUCGGAAGUCCUCAGCCAACGCAACAAUCUCUGAUAAAUCAACAACACCAACAAAUGCUCCAGAGACAGCAAAUUAUUCAGCAGCAGCACGAGAACGCUGGUAUUCUUCAAGAUGGGCAGAACGCUAUUACUCAGCGUACGAUACAAAUGGCACAGCAGAGACAGCAAAUGCUGCAACAACAGCAGCAGCAGCAACAAAUAGUACAACAGCAGAGGCAACAGUUUUUGCAAAUGCAGCAGCAACAACAACAGCAGCAGCAGCAACAACACACGAUGCAGAAACCGCCAAGUUCUCCGAUGGUCUCUCAACCUGCGAAUUCUCCGAGUCCUCAACUUCACCAACAGAUCCAGCAAAAUUAUGGACAGCCUCCGAGUUCGCCCAUGCCUCGCAGUCCUAUGGUUCAACAGACAAUGGGCUCGCCGAUGCUUCAACAACAGUUGAGCCAGACUUCUCAACCUCCUAGUCCGAUGAACACGAGAAUUCAUCAUCCACCGAAUUCACCGAUGAUAUCCCAGUAUCAACCAACCAGUCCGAUGUCUCGUAAUCAUCCUUCGACGUCGCCGAUGCUGCAGCAUCAAUUGAACAACACUCACCAUCCUCAAACGUCUCAACCGCCCAGUUCUCCCAUGCCGAGAAGUCCUAUGGUCGGUGGUUCGCCCAUGCAGAUGCAGAGAAGGCAAUCCACUGGCAACAGUCCAGCGAUGCCGGAUCGACCUCAAAGCGUAGAGAAUCCAGGAACACCGAGAACUCCGCACACUCCACACACACCCCAUACCCCGCAUGGUUCUUACGCUCAGAAUUCGAACAACAUGACGGUAACGAAUGAUCAACAACAGCAGCAGUUACAACAGUCCCAUCAGCAUCAACAAUCUCAUUCGCAAGACCAAACAUCUUCCACGGAUCACACGAACAGAGGAGGAGGCAAUCCGCAUAAUCCAAUGAAUCCGAUACCACUUGCAAAUAUUUUUGGGAGGUAUGGAUACUUCAAACUCGGACUGAGGGGUGGUUCUCCCAUGUGGUCGACAAAGGCGGAGACCAGCAAAGGGAAAACCUCGGAAUCGCACUUGUUGAACAUAGACGAGAAACCGAACACUUCCGUGGUGGUUCACAGGAAGACUGGUAUACCACAGUCGAAAAUCAAUUCUUUAGUGUGUGCAGAUUACAAUGAUUUCGAUGACGAUUCACGCACACCGCCUCAGACACCACCGACCACCAUAGAGACCAAGCAAACAACGUCUUUGUCCGAUAACGGACCCUUAACUCUGGGUAGUCCGAGCAGCAAGAUGGAGCCCAUACCCGACACCACCGACUACGACGACGAUAAAACCAUUGUGAACACCGAGGUAACUUUGAGCUCCACUGCGCAACGAGACAGCGACGAUAUUACGGUCAUAGACCAGUUCGGAGAUUCCGAACUGGUCGACGUGAUAUCGGGGACGCUGGAAGGCGACAUGCAGGAGGAGUACGUUCUCUUUGAACCUGGAAUGGUGGUAGAUUUAUCAGCGGAUAGCAACGAUUCUCUUUGUCAGGCGCUGGUCAACGAGGGUAGUCAAGGACACGAUUUAGUACAAAUAUUGGAGAUCGAGAAUCCGGAAUCCCAAACGGACGAGCCGAUCCUCAGCGACGAAGAUCUGGUGCCUUCUCAUCCGAGAAACAAAAAGGGCCUCAGACUGGACAUUGUAAGAACCUUGCAGUCUUGUAAAAGCUUUGUCACCGUCACGGAUACACCCGAGUCGCCCGAUCAAGAGGAACUUCGCGUGGAUCCGUCUCCCGGCGCCUACAUGGAUCAGUCGCCUGAACAAGACCUCAUGGUGUCUUUCGUCAGCGAAUCCGAAGUUGUGAUCAUUGAUCCCAGCACGAAGUCGCCUGAGGACAACCUGUCGAAGGAAUCUUGCCCCGAAGAGGUUGAGAAAACUGAGACCCCGGCUGUAUCCGAGGCGCCGAAAGAGAACGCCGUUGCCGAAUCGACCGCCGAGGAUCAGUGUAAACCGCAGAAAGAAUCAAAAGUAACUAGGAGUCCUCCGUCAUUCGUGUUCUGUAAUAAUGUUCUAUACAAUCAAAUUCCACCUUCUAGCAUUCAUCAUGCGAACAUAGGUGUACCGUCUACCUACAAGUCCACCGUAGCCUUAGGAACUUCGGCAAGUACAAACGCUGCCAGCGGCAACAACAAAAAUACCACCACCGGCAUAUCAACCAGCGUGUUAGUAGCAACAGACACGCCCAUUAAAUCGACCUCUAUCUUUACAACAUUGAACAUGACAAAGGACGCCGUGUCUUCGACUUUCAACAAUCAAAAGCAACUACCAUCAACCAUGGCAAGCAUCGUCGCGGACGCUAAAAUCGCUGCGAAACUCAGUCAAACUGCGUUGGAGAACAUUGCUGUUAGUUCGCAGCAGAGUACAAUGAAAACAGAACCAUUGGCAACGAUCUGUUCGCCGAGUAUAGAAAUCACGAAGCUUCAGACCACUUUCGCUGACAAACUGAUAUCUUCGGUGCCCAAUUUACACAAUAAAAUUACGAGUUUCGUGCAAAAUGCCGCGACGAGUACAACGGUGGAGUCAGGUAAUCCUACGAAAUUGAUAUUGAGCGUGCAACCAACGUCUGUCACGUUGUCGACGCCGAAGAUGUCCAUUCCUGAUCUCCCUAAAAAGGAGAAUGGUAAUAGUAACUCUGUGACGAAAGAGAAUCAACUGGAUGUUUCGGAGAAACUUGCGAAGGUGAGAAACGAAAAGGACGAGACUGAUCAUUCAGCGAAAAAAUCGGACGAAACUGGCGUGAAUAAUUCAAGCGCAAACGUAGCGACGAGUACAGCUUCCAGUCAAGAAUUAACAUCCAACGAAGAGAAGAAGAACGAUCUUUUGAAUACGACCGAUGAACUAGAGAGUAUGCUUGAGGCAAUUCAUAAUCCUGCUGAAAACACCAUAAGCAGAGAGAACUCCCGUGCGGAUAGCAAGACAGACACUGCUUCUUCCAUCAAAAGAAUAUCUCCAGUUACCGACGAUUUAUCUUUGGUAAAUAUUUUGGAGAAUGAUUCCGAACCAGCUGAGAACGAGAACAAAGACGAAAGUGUAGCAACGUCAGAAGCUCAAAGAGUUAAUAAUAAAUCAAAAGAAAUUGAAACAAGCAUCGCGGAUAACAGUAACUUGAAUAUCACUCAGAAAGAAAAGAAGCACGAGCAAGAAUUGUGUACGGAUAUUGAAACAAGCAAACCUUAUGUACCGCACUGCCUUAACGAGGAGAAGGGUGGUAUAAUGGAGGAGUCGUCUGACGAUAUAUUAGACAUGCUACACAACAUCAUAUCGUCGAAACCAGAAAUGGCAAACAGUGAUAUGCUUCAAGAAGAUAGAUCCAGGAAGUCGAGCAUGAUGUACGAAUUGCCAACGCCUCUGGACACCUUACCUUUGAAUAUACUUCAAGAUUCUUUGAUGGAUCUCGAGCAAGAGCACUCGGAUAACGAGCAUCUUUUGACGAACGAAAAUAAAGGACCAAAAGUACAACCGAAAACAAGUUCACCUCCCGUAGAAGUAAUACCGAAGAAGAGCUCUCCGAUUCCUCAGCAGAGCGCUCCUUUGGUAGCUAGCACCAUAGCGCAAUUGCAAAAGUGUACAACCACGGUACCUCAUCUUUCUCCGUUGUCGAAACCUACCGAAUUGACGUCGAACGUUGCGAACGUGUCGCAUCAAUUGAGAACGUUACUUUCUUCCUUACAGACUAAUCCCUCGCAAAAUUGUACAACCGUGAAUCAGACCAUCACAAUGGUGUCCUCGGCAAUCUCCGUGUCAAAAGUAGGGAACAUACUGACCACGAUGAGCUCGUCUGCGCCAAACUCUGUAAAUAAUCUGCAUAGUAACGCGAACGUUCGGUUGCAGACAUGUAUAACCACCUCCCAUUCAACAGCCACGUGCAAGGCAGAUUUGGAGACGACCGCCGCUAGUUAUACUCCUCAUUCAAAGGAAAGUACAAAUUCUACGAUAAGCGUUGUUUCUACUUUGUGUAAGGUCACCCCUUCGGAUCCGUUUUUACGAGUCGCAUCGAGUGCGAUGCAGUCGCAGCCUACCAGUAGUAUAUCCCUGCAAACGUCAUCUGUAAUCACACCCAGACCGCCGACGAAUUCAGGGAUCUCGAUCACUUCGAACGCGAUACUGAACGCCAUGUUAGCUGGCACCAAUUCUGCGAAGCCUACCAUCGCUGGUCAUCGAACCAACACCGCACCAACUCAGACCAGCAAUCUCUUGAGCUCUGUUAUGGCUACGUCGGUGCAACGGACGCAGAGUCUUCAAGCGAUACUUCAAGUAAGUUCAGGUUGUUCUUCGGCACCAUCUCGAGUGGUGGUUAACGCCACCUCGACGACCGUGACCACGUCCAUGCAGUGCGUCAGGACCAUCGUACCUCCCAUAGUUACUACAAGCACCAACAGCAUCAACGUUACUACGAGUAUCUUACAGUCGACUCUGUCUCAGACGCCAACGUUAUUGCAUUCUCAGCUAGCGUCUGGUCCGACUCAGUACAAGUUAGCCGGACAUCUAGCAGUGGACGGGAAGAGCAACGAGCUUGAGAGGCUAGCGCAAAGUACACCCUUGAAGAAGGAGUCAGAGGAAUCCAACUGUAAACCUCAAUCGGCACUGGACAAACCACCAACCGCCAGGCUGGAAUUGGAUGGGAAUAAGAGCUCUACUGGUUCCCAUAGGAUGGAAGAAUCGCAGAAUGUAUUGUUGAAACAACUUCUACAGAACACUGCAUGCGCAACGACCACUCUGUGCUCCGGUUCUUCUCAAGGACCAAGCUUACCCCUGGUACCGUCGUUGGAGGCGCAGUUGGCUAGGCCGGUGCCUCCCACUCCGUUCUCUGUGUUACCACCUUUGCUGAACGAGGUGCCAGCGCCCAAGACCACCUGCAACAAGCAAGUUUUAAACAGAGAGACAUCGUUUCUGUCGCAAUCGGUAACGUCCUCGAAGGUGCAAAGUCCUCCUACCAAGGAGGAACCACCUAAACCACCCCCGCCGCUCUCCACAUCAGCGCCGGUUCUAUCACAGCAACGAGUGGUCGACACCUUCGUCAAGCAACAGAUCACGACCCAACCUGCGAAGACUACCCCAGUCGCGACUCAAGCGAAUCAACAGCCGACGACGACGAUCAGCAAGCAAGUACCACCCCCGCUUGCGACCAAAACCUCGGAGACGACAACGGCCAUCAAACAGGAACCGAUCGUUUCUCAGCCCCAGGCAAAGCUUACAAACGAUCCUGUGGUUAACAGCACUGUACCCGUUCAGGAACAGUGCGUGUCGACCGCUAUGGCCGUUUCACGAGUGAUGCCCCAAACGAAAGCAGUGAUCACAACGGUGGCUGCUAAAAGUAUCCAGUCCAGCACCCAAGUAUCGUCGAGUACCGUUCAAACGUCCCAAGUGUUAACGACUGUCACGACUGCUCAGCCGCAGCAGCAGAGCCAGCAAACUCAACCCCAGAUACCGGUAACCCUGAAAUCCAUUGUCUCGACCCAGCAACAAUCCCCGCAUAUAAACACAAUACCGCCAUCAGUGCCUCAUACGGUGUCUCACACUGUGGGCCACCAAGCCCAGGCGUCACAGGGUGCAAAUGCACAACACACAGUGCCUUUAGUGGAAGUCAAAAAGGAAGUUCUUGAUGAAGUUCUAUCUAGCGGUACACCUACCCAAUUAACCGAUACCAAAGACUUUCUUACUGCCAAAGAGGAGCUUAUGGAUGGAUCGAUUGACGACAAAACUGAUCUCAAGAAGUUCAAGAGGCGACAAUAUCAACAGAAACGGAAACAAAGCCAGGGAAAAGACGCGGCUACAGCGCCUCAAAAGAAGCGCGCUAGGAAACCAUCCCGCUUAGACGAGGAUUACGACACGUUCAUUGACAAUUUAAUGAUACAAUUACGGCAACUUCAACCAAUGGCAGUAUUAGAACCACUUCUUGGUAGAAAUUACGGCGUGUGUCCCAUCUUUGGCUCGGGGGACCUGACGAAAAUCGGUAGUCAAAAGGAUUAUAGUACCAGAACAGGAGAUUUAGUUGGUUCAUACGGAUCUGCGACAUUGCCUGGUGUAUCUGAUCACUAUAACACUCAACCGUUCGGUGAAUUAGAACCCUUACCACCUCAGCAACCUGCUUCCACUCAAAGAGGAUUCUAUGAUCAAGAAUUCCCGCCUCUUAAAUUGGACGAUUCCGACGAAAAGAAAGAGAAUUCUUUGUCAAUGAACCGCGACGUCGAUUCUCCUGACACGAUAGUCAGUUCAUCUUCGCCCGAAUGCGUAAUCCCAGAAUUCAUUCAUCGAUUCCCAGGUUUGAGAUUAAUCGAAGAAGAAUCGGACGAAGAAUCGGAUUGGCUGAAACGAGUUUCACCCGUGAUACCUUUAAUUUCACCAAUACCAAUUAGACUGAAACCAACUUACAUUAAGGAUACCUCUAAGCAAGACAAAGAGAACCUAGGAAUACCUCGCCUUGGAAAAUCUCCUCCAAUACCUUUGAGAGAUGGCAACAUAACAGUUACAUUGACAUUGAACAGUCAGGCUGCGGAUGAUAUAAUGGGAGUACUUAAGGAUUUGGCUAAUAUUUUAAAUAUUGCUCCUCCUACUGGUUACCAGAUAGUAGAACGUACUACUACUCCUCCUAGUCAGAAAUUAGGUCUUUACAGAACCAAGGGAAAAGAUGGUAAAGAAGGAGCCCCGAUUGAUAUACAAAGUAUUUUGAAUGGCGCCGCGAAAUUUUGUCGUCAUUGCGAUGUUGUGAUAUUAAAUAGUUUAAUAAGAAAGAAAGUAUCAGAUUUACCAUUUUUGAGUAAGGAAGAAGCAGAGCCUGGCGAUGAACUAUGUUUCUGUUCGGCAGCUUGUUACAUGCAGUUUGCCCUUAUGCAUAGAACACCUUCAAACACGCAAGAUAAGGCUGCUACAAUAGUAGAUCAUCUGUGUCAUAAUAAAUUAGAUGCUAAGGUAUUGGACGAUGAUUUCAAAAAGGGAAAGAAAUUUGUGGUCAAACAGCCGGUCGAACAUGUUGAAAACAUGGAAGUGGAUCAAAUAGAGAAGGAACCUGAAAUUAAAAUUAAAAUGGAGAAGGAAGAGCAGGACCUGCCUGAAACAAGGGAUGAAAUGUUAGAUGAUAAACGACCGAAGAAACAUUCAGUGAUGGAGGAGUCUUCGACUGAAUCGACUGAACCACAACCACCUGCUAAAGUAUGGAGAGGCUUGCGGUACAAAGCUUGGUCUAUUGGCUCGAUGCAACCUCCAACUAAGUACAAGAAACCAACCGACAAGGAAAUCACUGAGAUGCUUUUCCGUAUGGGAGUGACUGUAGUACCUGCCAAAGCGGAAGACAGUCGACGAUGCAUGUUUUGUCACAGUCAAGGUGAUGGUACAGCUGAUGGUCCUGCUAGAUUACUUAAUUUUGACGUCGACAAAUGGGUGCACUUAAAUUGUGCCCUAUGGUCGGAAGAUGUGUAUGAAACUGUAAAUGGUGCCUUGAUGAAUCUCGAUACCGCUUUACAACAUAGUCUUGUAUUAAAUUGUAUCGUUUGCGAGAAGCCGGGAGCUACAGUAAAAUGUUUUAAAAUGCGCUGCACCAACGUGUACCACCUUGGCUGCGCCGUUAAAGAUGGCUGUGUUUUUUAUAAGAAUAAGAGUACCUAUUGCUCUCAGCACGUUCAAAAGAACGAGAAAGAUAACGAGUUGACUACGUUAUCGGUAUACAGAAGGGUGUACGUUAACCGAGACGAGAACAGACAAGUUGCGGCUGUGAUGCAUCAUUCGGAACACAAUCACCUGUUGAGAGUCGGAAGUCUAAUAUUUUUAAGCGUCGGACAGUUGCUUCCGCAUCAGCUAGCCAAUUUUCACACACCUAAUUACAUAUACCCUGUUGGAUACAAAAUCGUUAGAUUCUAUUGGAGCAUGAGAAGGCCGAACAAACGUUGCCGUUACGUGUGUUCUAUCCAUGAUGUUUCCGGCCGACCAGAGUUCAGAGUACUUGUACAGGAACCUCUGCAAGAGGACGUCGAAUUAAGGGAUGCAACGCCUCGUGCAGUUUGGAGCAGGAUCCUCGAGCCGUUAGCCGAAUUACGAAGAUCUACGCACAGUGUCCAGUUGUUUCCGCGUUACGUAUCUGGCGAAGAUUUAUUUGGACUAACCGAGCCAGCUGUCGUUCGUGUUCUCGAAAGUCUUCCAGGCAUCGAAACCUUAACCGAUUACAGAUUUAAAUACGGUCGAAAUCCGUUGUUAGAAUUGCCGUUAGCGAUUAAUCCAACCGGUAGCGCGAGAACGGAGGCUCGUCUACGAAAUCAGCUUCCUUGGAAAAGGCCGCACACGCAGCGUACCGGUUCGUCGGCAAGGGCUGCUUUUGUCCCGACCGCUACCGUCGCCGGUGAAGUGGCUUGUCCCUAUUCGAAACAAUUCGUUCAUUCCAAGAGUUCACAGUACAAAAAGAUGAAGCAAGAAUGGCGUAACAACGUGUACCUGGCACGCUCGAAGAUCCAAGGUCUGGGAUUGUACGCGGCACGGGAUUUAGAGAAACACACUAUGGUCAUCGAGUACAUCGGCGAGAUAAUUCGUACUGAAUUGGCUGAAACUAGGGAGAAGCAGUAUGAAGCAAGGAAUCGUGGUAUUUAUAUGUUCCGGUUGGACGAAGAGAGAGUGGUCGAUGCGACGUUAUGCGGAGGUCUUGCAAGGUAUAUCAAUCAUUCUUGUAACCCGAAUUGUGUCGCUGAAAUCGUUGAAGUCGAACGUGAUCUUAGAAUCAUAAUCUUUGCAAAGCGAAGAAUCUCACGUGGCGAGGAGCUGGCAUACGAUUACAAAUUCGACAUAGAAGAUGACCAGCACAAGAUAGCAUGCGCAUGUGGCGCGCCUAACUGCCGCAAGUGGAUGAACUAAAGAGCUCGAUCCACGGUUGUUAUUGUUACUACGUUAUUGGGUAGGUUUUACAUGAAGAAAAAAAAAAGAAAAGAAUUAUAUAUAAAUAUAUAUAUUAUAUUUAUAUAUAUUUAUAUAUACAUAGACACAUUAUUUAAUUUGUAAAGUGCCAUUGCAGUUUGACUAAUUGAAUUCAUAGUGAAGUUGGUGCUAUGCCAUCACAACAUUCCUCCAAAGUUGUACAAUAUUAGUUUUACUUUACAAAAAAUAGAACAUUGAUCGCUUGUAUAUUACGGACACUCUUUAAAUGACACGACACGAGAUAAUUGAGAAACAAAUUUUUAUGGGUCGUGUGUAUGUAUACAGAAAGUUUGUAUCUUUGUAUGUUGAGUAGGGUCAACGUUUAGUUGACCUUUAUUGUAAUAUAAAUCGUUUAUUAAUUAUUAUUGCAUAUACAUUGCACUGUAUCUGUAAAUAAGUAGAGAAUCCAUGUUAUUUUGAAUCACCAGAUGAAUUAUGUAAAAUAACAGUAUCUAAUUUAGAAUUAUAUACAAUUAUAACUAUUUCAUUAUAUGAUAAUAAAUCCGUACAAAAUCUAUUGAUACCUUCAUUUUUGUAAAUACCUCUUUAUUGUGUAAUUCGAUUUGUUAGCGUUUCGUAGGAAAAUAUAUAUAUAUAUAAAGAAAAAACAAUAAAUAAUAGUUAUCAUAUACAAUUUUGAUGAAGUAUACAAACAUUUUGCCGUCGUGAAUGUUCAUUUUAAAUUGUAUUUGUUAUGCAAUUAUUUAUGUUUUCAUACUAUGCUUGUAGAAAUACAAACUAUGCUUUUAAAUUGAUCAAAAGAGAAAAGAAAAAAAAUAUCAAAGAGAACAAACUUCUAUGAUUAAGGAACAUUUCUUCCUUCAAAGAAUUUUUAUUAUGAACCGCGAAAAUUUGUAUACAAAUCAUGUGUAUAUAAUUAUACAUAUAUAAUUACUAGGGACUUCAAAAAAAUGAUGUAAAAAUUGUUUCUAUUAUACUAAUACUUGAUGUAACGUUGUAACACAAUGAUGUAAUGUAAAACAAUUGAAUUUAUUUUUUAAUAAUAUAUAAAGAUCUAUUGACAGAAGAAUUUUUGAUAAAUGUGUUUUACCAUACAUGGCAUUUUUAUCAAAAUGUUAAUAACUCCAACGUUUCAUUUAUCACAUAACGAAGGAAAAUACAUAAAAAAGAAUAAAAGAGAAUUGUAUUUAGCAUUUAAUUCAUUUCAUUCGAAAAUGAUUGGAACACAUAUAACGAUAGAAUGUUCCAAGGAUAAAAGGAUGACUUAACGAUAAUGAAUCAUGUUCGCAAUUUUAUUUUUCGCAAAUGUAAAAUAAUAUUUACAAAGUGAUAUAUCGCAUGUACACAAAAGUACACAGUCAUUUCUUAAGUUUCACAGUUAGUAAUAAGGGAAAAAGAUACAAAGAAACUAAAAAUAAUAUAUACAAUGAGUAUUCGAUUGCAAAGAUGUGUCGCUAUGAAUUUAUACAAAUUCUCGAUGGAAUCUUCGUAAAACUUUUAUUUUGUACAAUUAAAAAACGAGAACAGAAAAAUAUAUAUAAUUAAAGAUUUCCAUAAACUGUAAACGUAACCGAUAUCAUUAUAUUUAUAUGUAUGUAUAAACUUGCUAGAAUGAAAAAACGAGAGAGAGAGAGAGCAAAGUACAUCACAAAAAAUAGAAUAUGCAGGCGAAUAUAGAGUAAAGAAUGUAAUGUAACCGGUGAAUAUGUGAAUGUAAAUGCGAAUAAGAAAAUACAUUGCAAUAAAAAUGUAUUUUAAAUGCGAUUCUUUGGCAUUUAUGCACGAUACAAUUGUAAGGCGAUCCUAACGUUACAAUAGUAACUUAUGUACAAUUCAAAGAAAUUUAAUUAUCACCUUAAGCGUUAAAAAAUAAGUACGGAAACAAGGUACAACGCUUACAAUUAAAAAAUACCACUUGUAUACUAUUGACGUGUCGGAUAACAAUAUUACAUUUGUAAAUGUUGUAUAAAAAAGAACAAAAAGAAAUGAAGUUUUCUCGCAGAUUUUGUAAAUUCAUACCUGAUCGGUAUUCGACUAAACACAUCGAUGCUGAUUGUAUAUUGUAUAUUGUUUCUAACGCGAUGAAUCUCUAGCGAGGAUUUUUCGAGUAUUUUAUCUAAAAAUGAAAAAUAGAAAAAAAAAAAAAAUAGUUUUAUUAUAUUGAGCGAUAUCUGUUGCUUUUUAAAUAUUACGCUUGUAACGCGAGAUCCAUGCAAUUUGUCUUCAACUUUAUAUUAGAUAAAAUUUGUAAAUUGUAAUAGUCAUUUUCUUUGUUGUGUAAAUCAUUGUAUUAAACGGUAAUUUCCUUGAUCGAUGUAUGAGAGAUUCUCGAUAGAGUAGCUUAUUGUUAGGUUUCUUAAAAUACAUAUCAAGCUAAUCAUGUUUGCAAAACGAUCGGUUUGGCAAAUUUCCUAGGACUUAAUUGAGAGAACAUUAGUAGAAGUUUGUAAUUAGAGUUCGAACCAUGUCUUAAUUUUCAAAAUUAAGCUGCAAUAAACUUGUUUGAUGAUAAA